AGAGAGCAGAGAGAGAGAGGUGGGGCAGGAAAUAGUCGCUCUGAAGAGAAGUAGUGAAUUGCUUUUUCGUACACUCAGGGAGUAAUGCUGAGACACUGCGUUGGAUCCGUGCUGCGGAAGCGCAGCGUGUUGUAGUCCGCAGGUGAUUUCAGACUGUGUUUGCUUAAACAGGACCAGCUGUGUGAUUCCACAAAACAAAAGGGACUAUUUGAAGUGUUGGAAUAUUUCAAAACACACUAAGGAGUAACAGCUACUGGAUCACUUUGGAUAUACUAUAGUCAUUGAUUUUGGAUCAAUUUAAUGUUUAGUCUUCAGGAAGAUAUAUUUCACUUGACUUUGUUUUACCAUUGUUGACUUCUGGACCUGAGUGUUUCUCAUGGACUAAAUGAACCGUUAUAGAAAAGCUGUCUGAUCUGGAGAUUCUGAGGAUGCACAACAUCACCUUACAGAUGGAUUAUACAACUCCCCAGUGGGAAAGCUACCGCUCCAGCAACUGGAACAUUUCUAACAGCUUGGACCAGAAUAAUCAAGUGUGCGCCAAGAAUGACGGAUUCAAGUAUCCGCUGUACAGCACAGUGUUCAGCAUUGUCUUUGUGGUGGGACUCAUUAUGAAUGUAAUAGCCAUGUAUAUCUUUUCCUGCACGCUGAAAGUCCGCAAUGAAACCACCACCUAUAUGAUGAACCUGGUGGUGUCAGACCUGCUGUUUGUUCUCACGCUACCACUGCGGAUCUUUUAUUUCAUCCGACAGGAUUGGCCAUUCGGUGGUUUGCUGUGCAAGUUGUCAGUCUCCCUGUUUUACACAAAUAUGUAUGGCAGCAUCCUUUUCCUCACCUGCAUCAGUGUGGACCGGUUCCUGGCCAUUGUUUACCCUCUCCGUUCGCGGGAACUUCGGACCAAGCGCAAUGCUAAGAUAGUAUGCGUAGCAGUAUGGGUGCUGGUGCUCUCAGGUAGUCUACCAACAGGCUUCUUGCUGGACUCUACCCCUCGCCAAAGUAGCAACUCCUCUGCCCAGUUCUGCUUUGAGAACUUCUCCUCAAAGCAGUGGAAGUCUCAUCUAUCCAAGGUGGUGAUUUUCAUAGAGACUGUGGGUUUCCUCAUACCACUGCUGCUUAAUGUUGUCUGUUCUGCAAUGGUUCUUCAGACUCUGAGGAGGCCACAAGCAGUCAAGAGAGGUGGGAAGCUUAACAAGACAAAGAUCUUACGUAUGAUAAUGGUGCACCUUUUUAUCUUCUGCUUCUGUUUCAUUCCUUAUAAUGUCAACCUCGUGUUUUACUCACUGGUGCGCACCAAAACCUUGAAAGGAUGUGCAGCCGAAACUGUGGUCAGGACCAUUUAUCCAAUAGCCUUGUGCAUAGCUGUAACCAACUGUUGCUUUGACCCUAUCGUGUACUAUUUUACCUCAGAAACUAUUCAAAACUCCAUAAGGAGGAAGUCACAGAUGGGCGAAAACUGUAGCAUGAAGUACUCUGAAGCAUUGCAGUCAGAGACAAGUUCCAGCCUUAAUUUCAGCCUGAGGACCCUUACAAACAAGAUGUUCUUCAGUCCACUGCAAGAGUCCAUUGCAUGACUCUUUAAAUGGUUGGAUAUUUGGGACAAAUAUCUGCUCAGUUAAUGGACCGUUAAAAUUGUUGCACCAGUGUUCAGAAGAGUCUGUGUAAUUUUCUUUUAACAUAUCAGAUCAGUUUGUGGACUCUGCAACCCUGCAUGGUGCUUUUACACCCUGCAAAAUAUGCGUGAUGUCCAUAAAGGAUUGUGUGUGUAAAAACAUCCAUCUAUAAUAAAGUAUUUAGCUGCUGAAAAAGCUUCUUUUUUCCAGAUACAGCAACUGUAACGAGUUACAGGAUUACUUAAACUACAGACGUUAGUGCACUUACCUUUGUAAGUUGGUAAAUUAAUUAGCAUUUUACCAGUACACUUUAAUAGCGUUAACAUAUAUAUAUUAUAUAUGAAAACUGGCUUCAAGUCCCAAUCUGAGUUCUAGUCUGAAACUGAGCUGAAACUAGCACGACAGUUUUGGGAACAACAAAUUGACUAAAACUUGUUACUAUCAUUCCUGAUGGGGCUUUGAAUGAUUUAAAAAAUAAAUAAACAUUAAUGACAGGAACAUUAACAUCCUGAUGUGUCAUAGUGUCAAGUCUUUUUAUUUUUAGCACUUUAUGUUACAGUAUUAGUGUGCAUUGGCAUUAGCUCACAUUUUCAUAUGCACUGUUUUUGUUGUUGUUAUUGUUGUUGUGCAUAUGUUUAAUAAAAACAUUUCAAAUAAA